UCAGAAAAGCCGGAGAAAGCGAGGAAAAGGCGAACAUGGCGCCCGCUUUUGCUAGGGUGAGCUGAACAGUAGGCUAUAGCAGAGAAGUCGGAAACUAAGUUGCCGAGCACGCCUGAGUGCAUUCGCCGUGUGCUCCCAUUGGAGUGCCCGGUUACCGCAAGGGUGGGAUAUCUCUCAAGGGUUGGUAAAAGCAGCAAGUCGCCUGGAUGUCAGCGAUCUUUCCUCUGGCGGCGUGAAAACUGCUGGAAGACCCGGCCAUGAUUGAGGACAAGGGUCCCCGAGUGACGGACUAUUUUGUGGUUGCCGGGCUCACUGAUAAGCCCAUACCGCUUGACCAGGACGUGUCAGACACCAAGUCCAGCGGCCCCAAGGCGCCCAUCACGGACCUAGCUGUCAUUAGCCGGUCGACUGGUGAGACGGUGCCAGAGGGGUUCACGUGUAUCGAGGUGACCCCUGGUGGCCAGUCGGCCAACCUCAACCAUGGCAGUCUCAAGAGCCCAGAACUUUUCCUGUGCUACCGGAGGGGCCACGACAAGCCGCCGCUCAUCGACAUUGGGGUGCUCUAUGAUGGCAAGGAGCGGCUCAUCCAGGGCUGUGAGGUCAUACGGGCCACGCCUUAUGGCCGUUGCGCGAAUGUCAACAACAGCUCGGCCACCUCGCAGCGCAUCUUCAUCACCUUCCGCCGUGCCGCGCCCGAUCGCCCGCAGAACUCUCUCACAGUCACUGAAGUGUGCAUCAUCAUGGCCAGCAAAGGCGAGACUCCACCCCACACUUUCUGCAAGGUGGACAGGAACCUCAACUGUGGCAUGUGGGGCUCUAAUGUUUUCCUUUGCUACAAGAAGUCUGUCUCCACUUCCAACUCCAUUGCAUACAAAGCUGGCCUGAUCUUCAGGUAUCCUAAGGAGGACUACCAGUCCUUCCCUCUCUCUGAAUCUGUGCCUCUGUUCUGCCUGCCCAUGGGGGCGCGCAUUGAAUGCUGGGCACCCAACACUCGCUACCCGAAGCCCGUUUUCUCCACCUUCGUCUUGACCGUCUCCUCUGGCGAGAAGGUUUAUGGUGCAGCCGUCCAGUUCUACGAGCCGUACUCCAUCGAGCUGCUGGGUGACAAGCAGAAGGUGCAGCUGGGCCUGCUCACAGCCAUCGACAAGCGGCUCAUGCCCAACCGCACCGUCAACACCAACAAGUGCAUCUGCCUGCUCUCCCACUGGCCUUUCUUCGAGGCCUUCCGCGGGUUCCUCAUGUUCCUCUAUAACACCGUGUCGGGGCCACACCCUCUGCCUAUCGAAAAACACAUCUCCCACUUCAUGCACAGCGUGUCCUUCCCGUCUCCACAGAGGCCUCGGAUCCUGGUGCAGCUCUCGGCCCUUGACACCCUUAUCCUGUCCCAGCCAGUCUGCACGCCGCUUCCGCUGAGUGGGGCGGAUUUCAGUGGCCUGCUGACCAACCUGGGGGCGGAGAACUGCGCCACGCUGCUCUACUUCGUCCUGAUGGAGAGCAAGAUCCUACUGCACUCGCUGCGGCCCGACGUGCUAACAGGGGUGGCUGAAGCUGUGGCGGCGAUGAUCUUCCCCUUCCAGUGGCAGUGCCCCUACAUCCCCUUGUGCCCCCUCUCCCUGGCAGGGGUUCUGAAUGCCCCCGUCCCCUUCAUCUGUGGGGUGGACUCCCGCUACUUUGAUCUGUAUGACCCCCCAGCUGACGUUGUCUGCGUGGAUUUGGACACGAACACCAUCUACCUGUCUGAAGAUAAGAAGCACUGCAGCUGGAAGAACUUCCCAAAGAAACCCUGCAAGAGCCUAAUGAGCUCCCUGAGUAACCUGCGCCCCCUGUUGGCCACAGUCAACAGGAACCAGGAGGGCCUGGCUGUGGAGAUGACCCCCAUGGAGGCGGACUUCACCUGGCAGAAGAAGAAGACCGGCCUGGAGAUGGAGGUGCAGGAAGCCUUUCUACGCUUCAUGGCCUCCAUCCUGAGGGACUAUCGCUCUUACCUCAAGCCCAUCACCCAGGCCCCCUCAGAGAAGGCCACCGCCAUAGAGUCCCUCUACGACCGGCAAGGGUUUCUGAAAAGCAGAGACCGCACUCAACAGAAGUUCUACUCCCAGCUGACCAAGACGCAGAUCUUCAUCCGCUUCAUAGAGGAGCGCACCUUUGUCAGUGACAAGGACACCGGCCUGGCGUUUUUCGAUGACUGCAUUGAAAAGCUUUUCCCGUCUGAUAAAGGAUCUGAGAAGGGAGCAAAGGUGGACGCAGAGUGCUGGGAAGACACCCGACUCAUCGAGCUGGACGAGUCUCAGAAGAGCGAGCACACGGUGUUCGUCAUGCCCCCUGAAGCGCCCGCGGAGGAUGGUGCGGACCCCACCACUUUUUACAGUAACAAGAACUUUACUCACCUGCGGCAUGAGCUGUUCGACCGGCCAAAGGAACGACGGCCAGGACCGACAACGAGGGUGACUGAGUCCAGCCUGUCCAACAGCCCCGCCCUGCUGGCCAAGAGGACCAAGCAGGAGAUCAAGCUGGCCUAUAAGACUGCCCGGCGGUACUGCUCGAAUCCGCCGCUGUGGGCACGGUGCCUCUACAGCCACUGUUACAGCCUGUGGUUCAUCUGCCUGCCCGCGGGGGUGUGUUCGGCGCAGUCCAAGUUGCACGCCAUGCAGCAGGCUCACAGGGUGCUGCUGCGCAUGCGGAGUGCCCGGGUCGAGGCCCUGGAUGAGGUAUGCUAUCGAGUGAUGAUGCAGCUCUGCGGGGUCUGGGGGCUGCCGGUGAUGGCCGUCCGCGUGCUGAUGGAAAUGAAGAAGGCGGGGGUGCACCCCAACGCCAUCACCUACGGCUACUACAACAAGGCCGUCCUGGAAAGCCCUUGGCCAAGCCGCAAUCAGAGCGGACACUUCAUGUGGACAAAAGUACGCAACGUGAUCCGGGCCGUGGUGCAGUUCAAGCAGGCACAUCACAGGGCAGCCCUUUCAGAGAAGACCCAUCCCAUUACCACAGAAAAGAAGACGAGCAGGUCUGUGGGCAGCUGUGAAGACCGAAUGAGCCGUGGUAGUGAGGACAGCUCCAGUGAUGCCAAUAGUGAGGACCACACUCUCUUCGCUCGCAACCUGGUGGUGGGUGAUACCACAGACUACCACUGUUCCACAGGUGGACAGUUGGACCAGGGCUACGGGUCAAAGAAUGAGCUCCACCAAGAUCCACUUGACUGCCCAGACACAGCAGAUCUCUUAAUUAGCAUGGAGCUGCCCAGCACGAUCAAGCAACUAAACCAUGAAGACUCUGUGGGCUCGGUUGACAGCGCGGUGGUCUUCACUGAGCUCCCCAGCCCCACAGACCCACCUUCCCCGGGGCCCAGCAUUGUGAAGCAAUCCGUGGGAAGUUUUGAUGUGACCGGUGAGCGAGACACUACUGGUAUCCCUUCUGGCAAGUUGUUUGCCUUAUCAGAGGAUGGUGUGAUGGAGGAUGGGUCUGAGUCCAAGGAGGCGAAAUUCCAGCAGCAGCCACAGCAGAAGGCCUUCCCCGAGCAUAGCCACAGCUUCAGCACGGGCAUUCAGCUAAAGAAGGACAGCCGAGAGAUGAACAUGGACCAGAUAGGCGUCAACCUGGGUGCCGAUGCCAAGAUCCUGGCAGCUGGGCUCUUGGGGAGCAAGACGCCACCUGCUGGUGGAUCCGACAAAGUUAGUGCUUCCUUUUCUACGGAAAGGAACAAGCUGCUGGAAGAGGAAAAGGGAACGGUCCCGGGAAGGGGGGGCUCAGAUAUUCCUCAAGGCCCAGUGGCAGAGACAAAGAAACUGAGAAAAAAUGUGACCAAGGAAUGGGAUACAAUGGGGAAGAUGGCCUCUAGCAGAGGAGCAGAGUGGGAGGAUGUUGAGGUGGGUGCAGACCCACUCUCCCUAUUGGCAUCUGCAAGUACUGAUAACGCUAUUGGCCAGAGUGAGAAGUCUCAAGCCAUUCCACUGUUGGUGUCCCGCAACCUAGCAGACGAGAUUGAGAUGUACAUGAACAUGAGCAGCUCACUAGGGUCUAAGUCCUCCAGCAUGGAGCUCCACAAAGGUGUGCCCAAGAACACAGAGGUGGACGCAAUGCACGGGAAGGCGCCGGAGAGAAGGUCCAGUCUACCUGUUGGUCCGGAGAAGCCACCCAGAGCGGCCAGACAGGCUCUGAAGCACACCCAGACAGUCACCCGGUCAAAAGCGUUUGCUGUCCAGUCAAAGAGCUCCACAGUGGACCAGAACCAGAAACCUUCUUCAUUGGCAGCACUGGUUCGAUUACCUCAAAAUGGCUCAUUGGGCUUGGUUAUCAACUCCAUUUCUGGCAUCAAGGUAGACCACCUGCUCUCCGGUCCUAAGAUCGAUGUCUUCAAGUCUGGAAUGAAGCAGGCCGCCAAUGUGGCCAGCAAGGUGUGGGGGGCAGUCUCCUCUGUCUACGCUUACUCGGAUGAUGAGGAGGAGCAUGUAGCAGACAGGGACUGCUUCCCGGCGAAGCUGGAGGAUCAGCUUCUUGAUGGAGGUGGAUAUGAUGGCACUGCCCUUGGUGUCGUCACACCGGGCCUGGUCUCCAACGGGCUGACACGGAGCUGCAGCAGCCUGGUCAGCAGCAGUAGCAGCGAUGCUGGGAAGGCUCCAGCUCAAGCCAACAUGACCCCGGGGAGGUUCGAUAGGGGUCUGGAGGCUGAGCACAGCUCAUCUCUUCACGCCAGCUCCUCCAGCAUCUACCAGAACUGUGCCUUGGAGGUCCUGAUGUCGAGCUGCUCCCAGUGCCGCUCCUGUGAGGCUCUGGUCUACGACGAGGAGAUCAUGGCCGGCUGGACGGCCGAUGACUCCAACCUCAAUACCACCUGCCCUUUCUGCAAGAGUGUUUUCCUGCCCUUGCUCUACGUGGAGUUCCGUGAUCUGCGGGGGGGCGGCUUCUUUAUGAACCCCAGUACUUUGGGUGAGAGUAUCCAUAGCAACACUGCUCCAGCACCACCAGCGGCGGCACAGAAGAGUGGAUCCACAGACCUGAUGCACUUUCCCGGUUCUCCUGCAGAAGGUCCCAGAAAGGCCACAGAGGCUCGGGAAAACAAGCAAAAGAGUUCGGUGCUGGAACCGGUGCAAUCCGACCCGCUGGGACUGAUGGGCCGGCGGGCUGUGAGACAUACCGGCGUGCUGACCCGCAGUAACAGUGUGGGUGGGCCUCUGCGGAGCCUGGAACUCGCCCAGCGGCCUUCCCAUGGUGCCUCCACCUCCAGCCUGCCUAGCAGCCUCGAGGAAGCCUCGGAUUCCUUGGGGCAAAAGAGGCCCAAUCCACAGCCUGUGUCUGUGCCCUACCUCAGUCCUCUGGUGCUGCGCAAGGAGCUGGAGUCCCUGCUGGAGAAUGAAGGGGAUCAGGUCAUCUACACCCACACCUUCCUAAGUCAGCACCCCAUCAUCUUCUGGAACCUGGUGUGGUACUUCCGUCGGCUGGACCUCCCCAGCUACCUUCCAGGACUCAUCCUAACCUCAGAGCACUGCAACAAUGGGGUGCAGCUCCCGUUGACCUCCCUGUCCCAAGACAGCAAGCAGGUGUACGUUCAGCUGCUUUGGGACAAUGUGAACCUACACCAGGAACCCAGGGAACCCCUCUACCAGCGCUGGCGAAGCCAGUUGGAGAAGAAAGGCCUCCAGGCUCUCAGUGAAGAGCAGGAGACCAGGACACUGCUGAACAGCAUUGUCCGGAGCAUCCAGACAAAUGAUGUAUACGGACCAAUCAACCUUCUCCUGCGGGAGAUCAAGAGGUGUCCCAAUGUCAAACGGCAAAGGAGUAUCUACAGGGAGAUCCUUUUCUUAUCACUAGUAGCUCUGGGCAGAGAGAACAUUGAUAUUGAGGCCUUUGACCGUGAGUACCAGCAAGCCUUUGAAGAGCUGAGUCCAGAGCAGCUGAAGGCUCUGUCACGCAUUGACCAUCCGCCCCACAGCAGCAUACAGUGCUGCCUCAAGUGGUUCGGAGCCCCUGUCAUCUGAUCUGAAGACCCUGUCAAAGAAUCUGUGAAUCUCUGAUCCAGCCACUUUUAUAUAGAGGGUGCAGACACCGGAAAAAGGGUAAAGGUUCACCCUCAAGCUUUGAACUUUGAAGGCAAGGAAUAGAUUUGUAUAAUUAAAUUAUAGAUUUGUAUAAUUUAAAAUAUAUUUCAUAAUGUUUUUUUAAACACAUUACAUAAUGGAGAAUUACCCAAUGGUACUUUUUAAUCACAUUGAAAGAACCGCAUUUGUUUGACUUCAUUUCCAUGCAAAAUGCUGUGCGACUGUCGUGUUUAUUUUUUAUUUUCACCUAUGAUGUUCCGUCAUUGCUUGGACCUUCAUGGACCUUCAUAAUCAUUGGCUGAGGUUGCAAACUGAAACUUGAAAGAGAAAAUAGGCGACCGGUGACAGCUCCCAGAGGUCUGUGAACUACUUAGGGGAAAUCUAUGCUCAUUUCUAUCCCGGAUACCAAGGAGAGAAAAUCAAACUAUGUACAUAGAUGUACUGUUAGAAAGGCUGCUUUUUAGAUUUUUUUAAAUGGAAAUCUGAACUAGGAUUGCCUGAGCAAUGCCUUAUUCUGUUCCUUACACUGAGCAUUUUUUUACACUUACAUAAGUGUUGUAAAUAUUUUAAACUGCAUGUAAAUAUGAUAGUGGUCUUACAGCAACCAAUAAGCUAUGGCACACAUGCUAUAGACAAUCAAGAAUUUCAUUGCCAGACAUUCCAAACCCCUGACCCAGCAGCCUGUCUUAAAAGGAAAAGUAUCUAUGAAAUGUAAAGGGGUAAAUUCAACCAUGUGUGUUGAUUAUUAUUUUUUUUUUUUACUCUGUAAUGGCUUAAACCUGAUUUACCAUUUUCAUCAUUCAGGAUGUUGUUUUGUAAUCUUUUUCAUGCAUUUUGGGUGGGGGGAGGUGGAGGAUUCACAUCAUGAAUCCAUGAAUCCGAGACAGUGACUAAUUGAGCAUAGAAGGCAACAUCAAGCCAGCCUGUGAAAUCCUGCAAAUGGACGUCAUGGAUCCUUUAACGGUUGGAUCCUUGCACUAUUUUUGUAGACAGUCUAACUCUCAGGCCGCAGUGAUGGCACACAGGUAUAUAUUCAUGCUCCAAAAAACAUACCUCAGAAGGUGCUUGAAAAUACACCUUAAUCUUCAUCCUGUCUCUGGGCAGUUUUGCACGUCAUCAUCUAAGACGGUUGUAGAGUAAAGAUGGGAGCACCUGGACUGAUAGUACCUGGGUAACCCAUCCAUCCAGGGAUGGAGGAAAAUGCACAUCUGCUGUCUUUUCCACAGCCUGAAUGCCUCUCCUAGUCAUACAGCUGUGUGUCUGAUUACCAGUUUCCAUGUCACGCUACUAGGAACAGUUAGUUGACCCUUAGGAGACUUAAAUGCUUCCUUUAUAAGGUUUUCUAGGUUAUGCUUUGUGAAAGCUAACCAAUAUGGACUCUUAUUCUCUACUCAGACACGCUAGCUACUACCAUCAAUAAUGUAACUUGUCUCCAUUGUACCAAGUUGGCUAACUGACACCUGCAAGUUUAUAUUAGGGUAUUGUCUAUGAAUGAUUUAUAAUCCAUAGUGAUGUUUAUUAUUUAAGACAUUUAGAGAAAAACAUUGCACAGCCUCUUGUACAAAUGCACGGAAAGAAACCUUGUACACAUCUAUAAAAUGAGACUACUUUUCAACAAGUUACUGGAAGUCUUAAAAUAAUUCAAUAAAAUGCUAUGCCUUUCUACA